GUGUUGAGAGGAUCCAUUCUCCUCAACACCGUUCGUAGCUUGAAAUUGGUGCUGCCGUCGCCGUUGUGUCACUUUCUGAAGUUCUCAAUUGUCAAUUGUGAUAGACGUUGGUGGUGGAGGUUUGGGUUGAGAUGGUGGUAGUAAUGUGGGGGUAAAAUUGGCAUUGUGUAGUGUCAUGUUUUGUGCAACACCACCAAACAAAAUAAAAAUUCUAUGUAUGCUUAUGGCUAUGUCUCUAGUCUGAAGGACAGUGAGUACUGAUGUUCAUAAACAAUUUCAGCUGUUUAUUUUUGGAUUGGUCUCUACAAGAAAGAACUAUGCCUCACAAAACUCAACCUAUGACAGCACUUUUGGUGUUCACGGGACUGAAUGCAGUUUUGUGUUCAACCAUUACUCCAGUUUAUGAUUUUGUUUGCUUUCUACCCUAUUGGGAAAGAAGGGGGGAAAAAAUGAAACUUGGUUAUCUAGAGAGUGAAACAAUCAAAUGUUAGUAUGUGUUAUAGACUAGCUGAAUGCCCUCUCAAAUGAUGCGUAGAAGAAAUAAUAUUAGAGUAACCAAUUUGAGAUAUGCACAUAUCAUGUGUCAUUGUCCAUUGCAUCCGUGAAGCUGCUCUCCAUAAUAGGGCAAGAAGUGCAUUAUGUUGUCAAACUCGGAAGUGACAUGGCUUGACGUACCAGAAUCUGGAUACCAGGCCGAAUCUACCAGAGUUUCAAGAGCUGGUACCUUGGCAAAAGGAUGUGCUAUUGAUUAGUCUGUAUCCCUUUGCUCCUUAGCAGCUCUAAGAUAAUUGGGAUAAUGUUUUGUUGUUGUAUCGAAGUUAUGUAACCUAUGUUUGAUAAGCACUCUUGGACUGGCUUUUUGGUAACUGUCAAAACCUCGAGCAAUUCAAUGUGGGAUAUUAGUUUUCGCUGCAAUAGUUUUGUUGAUUGAAAUUUUUUUU